AUGAUCGCGUAUGCAGCAGGCAGACGUCCCGUCAGGCGAGCAUGGGUCAUCGAGGCUGCUCUCCUGAUGGCAGCUGCACUGCUCAUCGUGGGAGCUGCACCGGAGGCCCCGGCCUUCGUCCAGCCCACCUCCACUGGAUCGAUGUCUGCGAAGACACUCGUGCAGGGACAGAGCUGGUCACCUCAAGUUGCCUCGCCGACUCCUUCUGUAGGUGGGUCAUCGUCCUGCGUGUUUGGCGUGGCCGGCUUCAGCCUUUUGCUGACUUAUGCCAUGUUGCGCCGGCAGGCGCAGGCUUCUACCGCUCGUGUCGCGCAGCCACGGGUUGUGCUGGCAGCCGUGCCAAGCGAGAUGACCUCGGUAAGGUCACCGGCUCCUUGCAACUCUGAGCUAAAACCGGAGUUGCCCUUGCCCUCUCCAUCAGUCUGCGCCAAAGAGACGCUGAUGGACGAAGACGUUGUUUGCGAGGAAGUGGCAAGCGUCAAGUCACCAGUGCCGGCAUAUUCGCCGACGCCAGUGGCAAGACUUGCUUCAGCUGCAAUGAAUGCAUCGACAGAAUCAACCUCGGAUGGGCCGUCGUCAGUCCCAGGGCGUCAGGCUCGCUUCGUGGGUGGGGCACGCCGGACGGCGCGCCAUUCCACAAGCCGCCGACCUUCGCCAAGGACGACGUGCCGUGCCAGUGUGAAGCUGAUAUCCUCAGCAACUGUGAUCUCGCCGCCGCCAUCCUUUGAUGUCACCAGACUUCGCUUGAAGAUUCAAACAGGCUUGAGCGUCACCUCGAGUGUGAGCUCGCAACGUGUUCGAGAAUCCCGUACUCCCGCGGCCAACAAGGGCACUUGCAUCAACACGGAUUCCCGUCUUCAAGAAAAAGAUCUAGGAGAACACAUCCCAACAUCAGGAGAUUACAACAUCAUUUGCUGA